UAUGGUAACAUCUGCACGGUCCGCCUACAUCAAAUACAAGAAGUAAUGACAUCUUGUUGAUAUGGUAGACUCUCGCAUAUCUAGUUAUAUGCUAGCGACGGCCUAGCUUGAGCAUUAAGUUCUCAAAUAACACCAAUAUGCUCUUGAUUUGGACCAUGCCGUUACUGGUACUCUUCCCCUAUCUUCCACUUGCUACCACCACUGUACCCAUCGUUUGAAGCGCAUUCAUUUGUGUGUAACUUGUCAACAUGAGGUAUCUCGCCGCGGCUGCAUACAUCUUCCUUUGGGUUGCUACUACACUUGCAUUCCCCGUCAAUGAUGAACUUGUGCAGCGUGCGCAUCCGAUACCUCCUACAGAUGACCCCUUUUAUGUGCCACCAACAGGCCUCGAGGAUUUGCAGCCGGGAACAAUCUUACGCAGCAGAUCAAUAGGUGCUCUUGCAUUCGUGGGUCCUGUGCCGUUCCGAGCCAAAGCCACAUAUCAAUUUCUCUAUAGAACGACGGAUAGCUUGGGUAACGCCUCAGCAGCAGUUACCACGAUUAUUGUGCCGAACAAUGCAAAUAUAUCAAGAGUGCUCUCAUACCAAUUUGCAACAGAUGCUGCAUGGGCUAAUUGCGCACCAUCUUACGCAAUACAGUUAGGGUCCAAUCCCGAUAGUGAAGGUAUUGGUACUAUUGAGACUCUGCACGUGAUCGCUGCUCUCGAUCAAGGCUGGAUAGUCAACCUUCCUGAUUACGAGGGCCUUAAGGCUGCUUUCGUAUCUGGUUUACAAGCUGGCCAGGCGACUCUCGAUUCUGUUCGUGCAGCUCUGUCGUCUGGGGAUUUGACUAGCAUUUCACCUCAAGCCGAGUAUCAAAUGUGGGGUUACUCUGGAGGAUCGUUGGCUUCUGAAUGGGCAGCAGAGCUUCAACCUUCCUACGCGCCAGAGCUUAACUUUAAGGGAACUGCUAUAGGUGGUCUUGUGCCAAAUAUCACAUCUGUGCUAUUAUCCACCAAUAAAAGUUUCUUUACUGGUCUGAUUCCCGCUGGAAUCAUCGGCCUCACGAACGCUUACCCGAAACUUAAAGAGUUUGUCCAUCAACACGUUUUACCAUCAAAGGCUUCUGGGUUUUACAGAGCAUCCUCCCAAUGCUUCCUCAAUAAUACAUCGACCUACAGGAAUCAGGACAUAAGCUCAUAUUUAGACAGCGACAUAAACUCAUUCCUCUCCGGCUAUCCAAGAGAGAUUUUAGAAAUUACCGGGCAAAUGGGUAUACAUGGAACCCCCAAGAUGCCGAUAUUCCUCUACAAAGCCAUAAAAGACCAAGUUUCAGUGAUUGGAGACACGGACGCCGUUUUCAACAAGCUCUGCUCUCAGGGUGCAAAUAUCGAAUAUGUUCGAGAUAUGCUCGGGGAACAUGCUUCUGAAGCAAUCACCACUGCCGGUGAUGCCUUUCUCUUUCUCAUCGAUAGAUUCAAUGGUGUUGCUGCGAAAUCGGGGUGUACUUCUAGCAAUGUCCUGACGACUCUUAAUCCUAGGGCUAUUGCGGCGAUGGGAACUAUGGUUGCUGAUGCACUGUUGGCUUUACUGCAAGCCCCUGUUGGUCCUUGGGGUAUUUUUGGACCGUGGGCAGCGGUUGCUUGAACAUAAAUUCAAGUAUUCAAUUUUAAUUUAUGUGCGGGGUUUGGUUGAAGGUGUACUGUGGUUAUUAUCGAUAAUAAAGAUGUUCAUAAUUGAAGGUGCAUAUCACGUUCUUGCAGAAGUUGGACUAGAUUCGGUCGCAUGG